AUGCCUAGGAUCAUCUUCAAUGAAAGCUUACAAAGGUUUGAUGACAUAACUGAAACCCUAGAUUGGGUUUACACACACGUUGGAGCUGAAUUGAAGCUUGAUGUGAGAUCUUCUCCCUAUCUUAAAUACAGAUUCAACGUGUUAGGGUUUCAUAUGCUAGAGACAUACCUUCAUCUCGUUGACGGGUUCCAUAGCACAGCCUCAACAAUUAGGUCUGAUGCGAAAAGGGAUAUUGUUUUGGUGAACAAAGCAUGUGAUAUGCUUGUAGAUGAACUAAGAAUUCCUCAUAGUUGGUACCAAGAGGCCAACAAGGGACUAGUUUGCAAUGCUCAUGGUAGGUGGGUUAAACCUAAGAGGGACCCAGAGGACAUACCUUCACCUACUAGUGAAGAACAUGAUCAUGUGCUUGGGAUGAUGCAGGAAAAUUAUGGAGAA